GGGCUAUUUUGACAGCAAUAUAUGCUCUUGUAACCAGUUUUGGAUUUGAUUCUUGAUGUUUAUAUGAAUGCAUGAGAGAAAAGCCACCAAAGGAUUAUCCGUGGAUACUUCAAACUGAUUGGGACAAAUUCAUCAAGUAUUGUACAUCCAAGGAGUUCAAGUGAGCGAAACUAAUAGAAAAAAGGCAAAUUUGAAGACAUCUGGCUAUUGAGGAGGGCGACUUGGGUAUCAACCAUUUGAGAAAGAGCUUGAAAAAGAGCUAGAUGAACAAGGGGUUCAUCUUGAUCAAGUUCCUAGGCAUUGGACUUGGAUAAGAGCUCUUUCUCAUGUGAAAGACGGAGUUAUUACCUUUAAGAAUCCAUCCGAUUUAGCAAUAGCUAAGGAAAUUCAAGCAUUGGAAGUUCAACAAAAUAACGGAGAGAUAGUUGUUGAAGAAAGAAAUGACAUUUUAGCAAAAGUUAUUACGAAAAAAGAGCAUGGUGGUUGUGUAAGAGCCUUUGGAUCAGGCAUAACAAAUAAGGAGUACUUUGGCUUCAAAAAACCAGCACCACCUAAAGAAUUACACUCUGUAAUCAAUCGUAUGAACACAAAAAUAAUGGGCAUGGAGAAAAAGCAGAAUUAUAUGAUGUCUUUUAUAAUGACGUGUUGUCAAUUGAAUCAGGAGCAAUUGUGUGACUUCAUGACAAAAUUUGGUGUUGUGUUGGCCAGGGAAUGGGUCGUGGUAAGGAUUUUGGGUCUGAUUCCCAUCUUAGUGAUUCUACUGGACAAAAAGAAAAAAGUGGUAAUGGCGGAAAAGGAUCGAGUUUUAUGCCAUUUGCAAGUUUAGGAGUUCAAGAUGUGCAAUUUGAACUUGUAAUUAGUAGUGGUGGUGACAUUGUUGACAAUGAAGCAACGAAAGAAUUUAUUACAAAUGAAGAGCAUGAUAAUAGUGAGGAGCAUGGAUUUGAAAAGGAACAGGUUCAUGAACAAGGUAUAAAAGAUCGUCAUACUAACAUUGAUGAUUGUGAACCAUAUGUUGUUCAAUUGCCUGAUUCCGAAGCGCAACCCACACCUUACAAUUUUCAAACUUCUCCUUUUAUUGAGGGAUGGAAUGAUUGUUACUUGGGGCUAGAAGGAGAUGAAGGGAUAGAUAUGGUUGCCAUGGCACAGGUUUAUAUACCGAAAGCAACAGAAAUUGUGAAGAAUCAUGGGGCCCCUAUGCCAAGUGGUCAUUAUCGAGUCAAUAUUCAGACGGAUAUCAAGCCUAGUGCACUUUUGCCAUAUCCUAAUGAGGAAAUGACACUAGUUUGUCUAGCUAAGAAAUCUUUUAUUCCUUGGCCGUGUCACUUCAUCUUCCCAUUUCCCAGUGAUGCAUAGAAGCAAGAUGCAAACAAUUCCAUCUCAGCAUCUCAAUAUUCACCUUCAUCCUAUUUUCAAACUAAGGACGCAGCUGCACAGCAAGAUGAUGGAAACAAACUCAUCUCACCAUAUCCGAAAUCACCUUCAUCAAUUUCAUCAUCAAAUCAGAAGUACCAAAUCACUGAUAAAGAUCGUGCCAAGCUGACCACAAACUUGGUAAAAAGUUUUAAAUUUGAAGCUUUAGCAAUGAGAAAAAGUGAAGAGCAAAUCGAUAUAGAAAUACCAGACUAUGUGUUCCGCAAUAAGCAUACUGUUGACAUUGAUUACAUAGACAUGCUUGAUUGGUGUUAUCAACGAGAAGUAGGAGUAGGGCACCUUUCAAAUUUUAUGAAGUAUUUGAGUGAAUCUUGUCAAGAAGAAGGUAUCUCCGGAAUGUAUGGUUUUUGUGAUGCUAAUAUGCUUUCUCCAUUAUCACCAAUAGAG